GAAGCUGCACAUCUCAAUAAGAGUCAUACAUCUGCUCAUCCCUGUCUGUCACACAGGGAGUUUGUUAUGAUCACCUGAGCCUGUUUUAUAAACAGACGGACUUCUGACUUCAGACCUCGGCUACUAUUACAAAUAACGAAACUCGACCUCAACUUCGGUAAACUCAGCGGAGGUCCGAAUAAAGCAGCGGGAUAAGGACAUAAUCUCCGUUACAUAAGUUUGAGCCACUGCUGAAAAAUUAUUCUCAUCCAGAGGAGUGGAAACCCAAAACCUGAGCCAUGGGGGAUUAUUACGCGAUCCUGGGUGUGACAAGAAAUGCAUCCCAUGACGAUAUAAAGAAAGCGUAUAGAAAAAAAGCACUGAAGUGGCACCCAGACAAGAACCCGAACAACCAUGAACAGGCAGACAAAAUGUUCAAAGAGAUCUCGGAGGCAUAUGAAGUCCUGUCAGAUGAAAAUAAACGGCGACAGUAUGAUAAAUAUGGUAAAGAAGGCCUAUCUCCUAGAGGAGGCCAUUAUGAUGAGGAUUUUAUGGGUGGAUUCACAUUCCGAAAUCCAGAUGAUGUCUUCAGGGAAUUCUUUGGAGGCCGAGAUCCAUUUGCAGAUUUCUUUGCUGAUGACCCCUUUGAAGAUUUCUUCGGUGGGCGGCGUCACAGGGGUGUUAGCAGGAGCAGGACGACAGGUUCAUUCUUUCCUGGGUUUUCUCCAUUUGCUUCCCCCUUUUCUGGGUUUGAUGCAGGUUUCACCCCAUUUGGCCCAAUGGGUGGGGGUGGCUUCACCUCAUUUUCCUCCUCCUCAUUUGGGGGUGGUGGGGGUGGUGGAAUGGGAAACUUCUGCUCUGUCUCUACAUCCACCAAAUUCAUCAAUGGAAAGAGGAUCACCACCAAACGUGUUGUAGAGAAUGGUCAAGAGAGAGUGGAGGUAGAGGAGGACGGUCAGCUCAAAUCUCUAACAGUCAAUGGCUGAUGGCUACUAAAACACCUGCUCUCCACCAGUCAGCAAGCCAAGAGUAGGUCACGUGACGCAUCCAUGUGAUGUGAGCUUUUAGGUGGCGCGGUUACCCUCUGUGCAGUGAACCGCUGACCUAAACAGGGUGAACUCUCAUUCCAAUGUAAGCGGGGGUGGGGGGUGGGGGGUUUGUUGUUGUUUUUGUUUUUUUUGGGAGACUGGGACCAUUUAUUCCUCAAAAACGGGAGACCUUCGUUCGAACAAGAGUAAUUCAUUCCUUUCCGUCAGCUGAUGACUGUUCUUUCAUCCAUAAGUGCUUAUUGCCUGUUUGAAACUGGAGCUUAACCGCUUGUAUCUGCUUUCGGCUGUAGAGCCAUUCAACUGUUCAAAUGUUGAAGUCUUAACCUCUCCACUAUGGAAUAUUUAAUAUGAUCAAACCAAUGUUAAGAGCCACCAUUUGUUUAUAAUAUCAAUCUGUUUAUAAAAUACAUCUUCAUUUGGCUUUAGACCAAACUGUUGCAUAACCUGAGACCUUUCCAUUAUUAAGAAUAUAUAUUGUGUGACUUUACAUUCUAGACAUUUUGUUCUUUGUAAGACAAAAAGCAAAGAUGGACAAAGUUUCAGGUUCAAUAAAUCUCACUUUCACCUGU